CGCCGGCCCCGCGCCCCUCACAGCGCCCAGCGCCGCCAGCAGCGCCGCGGGGCCCGGCCCUGAGCCACGCCGGAUUGAAUUUCUGCCUGGCUGAGGUUCCUGCAGUGGCAGCAUGGAGAUGAGUCGGGAGAAGCUGUGUGCCAGCAAGGCUGAUGGCAGCUCAGACUCUGCCUACCAGUGCUCGGCGUGCCACGGCGACCAGGACUGGGGCAGCACCAGCCGGGGCCGCGCCAAGUCACGCAGUUUGUCAGCUUCACCUGCCCUGGGAAGCACCAAAGAGUUCAGGAGAACACGUUCCCUGCAUGGACCAUGCCCAGUGACCACGUUUGGACCAAAGGCCUGCAUGCUGCAGAAUCCCAAAACCAUUAUGCACAUCCAGGACCCAGCAAGCCAGCGGUUGACAUGGAACAAACCUCCCAAGAGUGUCCUUGUGAUUAAGAAGAUCCGUGAUGCCAGUCUGCUGCAGCCCUUCAAAGAGCUCUGUGUGUACCUCACUGAGGAGAACAACAUGAUAGUGUAUGUAGAAAAAAAAGUAUUGGAAGACCCUGCUAUAGCUAAUGAUGAGAAUUUUGGACCAGUGAAGAAGAAAUUUUGCACCUUCAGAGAAGACUAUGAUGAUAUCUCCAAUCAGAUAGACUUUAUCAUAUGCCUGGGAGGAGAUGGGACCUUGCUUUAUGCUUCUUCACUUUUCCAGGGUAGUGUACCUCCAGUUAUGGCUUUUCAUCUGGGAUCCCUUGGAUUUCUUACUCCAUUUAAUUUUGAGAAUUUUCAGUCCCAAGUCACUCAGGUUAUAGAAGGUAAUGCUGCUCUGGUGCUGCGGAGCAGGCUCAAGGUGAAGGUGGUGAAGGAGCACAGGGACAAAGGCUCAGUGCAGAAUGGGAUAGAGGAGAAUGGAGUCGUGUCUGCAAGCCUGGAGAAAGAAGUGGGCAAACAAAUUAUGCAAUAUCAGGUCCUCAAUGAGGUUGUGGUGGAUCGUGGCCCUUCCUCCUACCUGUCCAACGUGGAUGUGUUCCUGGAUGGGCACCUGAUCACCACGGUGCAGGGGGAUGGGGUGAUCGUGUCCACGCCCACCGGCAGCACCGCGUACGCCGCCGCGGCCGGAGCGUCCAUGAUCCACCCCAACGUCCCGGCCAUCAUGAUCACCCCCAUCUGCCCCCACUCCCUGUCCUUCAGACCCAUCGUGGUUCCUGCUGGGGUGGAACUCAAGAUCAUGCUCUCCCCUGAUGCCAGGAACACGGCGUGGGUUUCCUUUGAUGGAAGGAAGAGGCAGGAAAUCUGCCAUGGAGACAGUAUCAGCAUCACUACCUCCUGCUACCCCCUGCCCUCCAUCUGCUUCCGGGACCCCGUGAGCGACUGGUUCGAGAGCCUGGCCCAGUGCCUGCACUGGAACGUGCGCAAGAAGCAGAACAACUUCGGUGUGGAGGAGGAGUUCUGAGUGUGCCCCGCCAGCAGGGCUCUGGCAGGGCAGGGGGGCACAAUCCCUCCCCUCUGUUGCAUUUUGGAGCAGUGGGAUGUGGCAGAAUCCCUCCCCUCUGUUGCAUUUUGGAGCAGGGCAGUGUGGCAGAAUCCCUCCCUUCUGUUGGAUUUUAAAGCAGAGGAAUCUGGCAGAAUCCCUCCCUUCUGUUGGAUUUUGGACCAGGGGAAUGUGGCAGAAUCCCUCCCUUCUGUUGGAUUUUGGACCAGGGGAAUGUGGCAGAAUCCCUCCCUUCUGUUGGAUUUUGGAGCAGGGGAAUGUGGCAGAAUCCCUCCCCUCUGCUGGAUUUUGGAGCUGCCCUGUGGUUGUGGUUGAUGUCCCUCAGGGGUUGGGAUUGGGGAGGGUUUUGCUCCUUCCUGUGCAUCAGGAGGGGAGUGGAAGGCUCUGAUGGUUCUGAAUUUCCUUCCAAUGAGCAGUGGAUUAUUCCUGACUGCUAUCCAAAACCACAUCUGCAGAUUUGAUUGUAACCUCUGACUUACCAGUUCCAUGGUAGGCUGAAUGUAGCUACACUAGGGAAAAGUGGCAGCAGAAAAGUGGCAUUAAAAUCUUCCAUUUGAUAGGUUAUAACUCCAUUUAACACUGCUAGGAACAGAAAGGCUCUGAGAAGUUUUCUUUUUAAAAAUAAUAGUUUUUCUUUGUUAUCUUGCCCAGAAAAUACUUUCUUACUUGCAAGUGUGACACACUGAAGAAACAUCCACAAAGGAUGUUUUUUUAUUAAUAGAUGGAAUUAGUAAUAAAAAGUAUAUAUUUUUAAUAUAUACAUUUCUUUCUCUUGUGCCCAUUUGAGCAGUGGUUGACCCUGGCUGUCAGCACUGUGGAAAUAGCCACAAACAGCAGGGAUGAGCAUUGAUUAUUUGUAGCUGAGCUGAUUCACAGCUCUGCACUUCCUCUUGGUGGGAAUCAUCCAUGUGCUGGUUUUUGUUAUUAUUUUUGUUUGAUUCCCUGGGAUAAAUGGUAGCAUUAGAGACUAUCAUGUUUAAAAAUAAUAAUAAUAAUUCUCCAAGUGUUCAAGAAGAAUCUGGACUUCACUUGCUACUGAAUUCACUGUUGUCCUGAAGAAAAUAUCCUGUUCUGAGAUCCUGAAUGCCCUCAACUUCCAUGGAUACCUUCCAACUCUUGGUGCUGAGCAAUCCAGGGUGGGAUUCUGCAUUGCUGGGUGGAGAAAUGAGAGGACACAUUCCCAGUGGAGUAGCAACGGUGCCUUCAGCACACUCAAGAUUAUUCUAAGUCUCACAUUUACUUUUUUUAAGAUGCUUUCAGGUGUUUCUAACUUCUCUCUGUACAUAUUUUAUUGUAUGUGCUUUUAUGAAAGAACAAAAAAAAAAAAAAAAACCAAACCCCACCAAAAGAACUGGUUGGGGUGGGGGGAAAGGGUUUGUACUGUACUUCAACUGCAAAAUAGCAAACCCAAGGAUAAUGUUUACAUUUAUGUUCUCUGUGGUGCAGUCUCUUGAUCAUUUUAUCCAAACUUCAGCAUUUUCAAGUCUUGCUGCAUCGCUCACUGAAGGAAGGGCCAGGAGCUGUUCAGUGCCAAGGAAUGAAUUUCCUGCCUGAGGUGGGAGUUCCUUGGGCAUGAGGGAGAAUCUCUGCUGAAAUUUCUCAUGAUUGUCUUACGUUGUUUCUGUGGUCCAAAGUGGAAAUGGGAAAUGGUUUCAUUUCCAGCCUCUGCCUGACCUGUUGUCCUCUGGUGGUUUCAAUAAUGUCUCAUCCCUUUGGGAGGCUGAGCUCAUGAAAUGCAGGUGAGAGCACUUUUCCAGAAAAGAGAAACAAACUCUUGGUAAUGAUUUAAAAUCACAACGAACAGCGUUGGUAUUAAUGAACACUUGGUUUGUACAUUUUGUAACAUAGAAUAUUGCUUUGGUUUGGUCAAAACCAGAUGGAUUUUGGGAUAUCUUGGAGAAUAUCCAGAGAGCUUUUGGGAUUUCUCUUUCACUUGAAUCUGCAGUCAUUGUUUUAUCACUGUUUUGAAGCUGCUUACGGGUUUCCUGAGUGAGUAUUCAGUUAUUUGAUAACUGGUUACUUUUUGAGCUAGAGAAGUGUCAGGCUUUUUUGCUUUGGAACUAUUUUAUUUAAACAUGCAAUAAUUGAGAGAAGGAGCAGGGUAUGGUGUCUAGAGAAACGUGUGGAUGAGUGCAGAAUGAGCAGUUCUAGGCACACUGGGGAGUGGAAAAUCAUUUUGCAGAGGUGAAAUGAUUUAUGAGCCUUAUCUAGUAUUUUUUUAAAGAUAAAACUAUAUUCAGCACUUUUUAUUUAUGCUUUUUAUAAUAGUAAAGCUAUUCUUGACUAAAUUGCCAGACUUUUAAUUUUCAGAGUGCACAGGUAAUGAAAUCUGUAAUCAAAGUGUACUGAAGUACUUUAGAUCUACAUUAGGGGUUGGCUUGAAAUUUCUUCUUUCAAUUUAUCACCUGCUGCAAUGGCAUUGCUGCCUCUGAGGCUGCUGCAGCUUUGCUUGUACAGAGUUCUGCUGACAAAAGGCAUUUUCUGGGGGUGCUGAGCCCAGGCAGAGCUGCAGCCCUGGCUCAGGGAUCCAGUCCUGGCUUCUCCAAAAGCUGCCUUGAUUCUCUCUGUUAAUCCAUCACCAAUCUGAGUGUACCAAGUCCCUUUCCAAGGCUUUUAAUCUGCAAACUGAGGAGAGUGAGGCUGCAGCAGCCCUGGAGUUGUGCAUUUCAACUGCUCCAGGAGCAGAAGCAGAAAAAAGCUGAAAUGCACCUCACUUUAUUGGCAAUAAAACCUCCUUGUGCUAAUGUAGCUUCUUCAGAAUAACUUGGUCAAACUGUGCUAAAAAACAGGGGUUUGCUGAUUAAGAGUUUUUAAUAAAAGGGUUUACAGGUCACUGGCACCUGCAAAUCCUUUCAUCUACAAAGGGCCAAAAUGGAAGCUGGGAAAUUAAUUUGUUUUUAAAAAGAAAAAAAGUUAUCCUCUGGUAGAAAUGGAAGAAGUUGUUACCAACUGUAGUAGGGAAUAAAGCAGUGUACUGAAUUUUUAAGAGCUAAAAUAAUCCUGUUACAGAUUGUUAACAUAUUGAAAACUUGGUUUUAAAUAUUGUUGAGAAACAAAAUAUUUUUCAAUCCUUUCAAUAAAACCUUUUUGUAAAGUUG